CAGGAGUGAUCGAUGACCGAGGGAAGUUUAUUUUCAUCACGCCGGAGGAGCUGAACGCUGUGGCUCAGUUCAUUAAGCAGAGAGGAAGAGUUUCCAUCUCUGAACUCGCGCAAGCCAGCAACACACUCAUAAACCUCACGCCGGACAUACACAGCAGCGCAUGACCUACACCGCUAUUCACCACAGUAAACUCUUCUGACAAGGACUUGUAAAUAAAGUGCGUUGUACUAUGGGUCUGCUUGAUUCCGAUUGGCUGAUGGUCACUCUAAGGUGUUUGGUUAUUGUUAUAUAAAUGCACAGUUAAAGUAGUUCCAGCAGGUUUUGAGCAGCUCCAUAUCACUCCACUAUGCUGGAAUAGUUGGCGGUUCAUUCCGCUGUGGUGACCCUUGAAGAAUAAAGGGACUAAGCCAAAGGACAAUUAUUAUAUGAAAUAAAUAUACAUUUUUAGAUUCCAUCCAAACUAAUAGAAAUCAGACUCUCUUUGUCCUCGCUCUGCUAAACAGCACUUUGGAAAUAUUUAAAAAUAAUAAAAUAACUAUUAAUUAUAAUUAAUAUAAUUAUGAGGAUUCAUAAUUUUGUCUUCAGUCGUUUUUAUGCACAACAAACAGCAAUAAAAGUCUUGCAUAUUUAUUGGUCAGACACUGAAGAAAUCAAAACAUCUGGUUUCUUUUUAAUUGUGAUAUGCUGUCAAAUAAAAAGACAAACGGCUCAAUAAACUACUGCUGGAUUUAUUGUAAUGAAAGUUGAAACCGUUUUAUGGUUUACUUUCCAUUUACACAUGUUUCCCUCAACUAGUUGGUCAUCUUUAUUACAGUUCUCCAGAGAAACGGACAGCUUGUGUAUGGAAAACAUGUUUAUUUCGGGGCAGGACUGAUAAUUGUUUGCUUGUGACACUCAUUUCUGGAUUUCCCUGAAGUGCAGUUUUGUUGUAUCUGCAUAUACAGCCAGAGAAUACAUUAGAAUGAAUAAAUACAUGCAAAUAUUAAGAUGUAUUUAAACCGCAUGCUCAAUCUAUAAAAUUAUAAAAUGAUGGACAAAUAAAAACAUUAUACAGU